CCCACUCGUCGCCCUUAGCAACAGUCACGAGUAGUGUUCAGAGUGACGUCUGCACUUCCCGUCCCCGGGACCGCCCCGGUUCUCGCUUUGUCUUCCAGCAGUUACAGUCCUCCUCCUCCUUCUCCUCCUCAUCAUCAGCAGCAGUCGCCUCCUCCUCCCACCCCAGCCAGGCGUCGUGCGGCCAUUCCUACCAGGAAUAACGGUGCUGCCAUUACCUGUCCUGUGUGUCACCGAGUUCAUUCGAAGCUUCGAAACAUACUUGGAACUGAAAAGGAGCACCUACAAUGUCUUUGUAUCCAUCUCUUGAGGACCUGAAAGUUGACAAGGUCAUCCAGGCUCAGACUGCAUUUGCAACAAACCCAGCGAAUCCUGCUAUUUUAUCUGAAGCUUCAGCAUCUUCAUCUGCAUCUCAGAAUGGAGGAUUAUACCCUAAACUGUAUCCAGAGCUUUCUCAGUACAUGGGUUUAAAUCUGAGUGAAGAUGAAAUACACAAGAAUAUGUCCAUGGUGCCUACAUCUGGGCUCCAGGUAGCAAGACCGUCAGCCAUAAAUAACAUGGUAGCACCUAUAAGUGGGAGUGAUCUUGGAAUCCGCAGAGCAGAAAUAAAACAAGGAGUCCGUGAAGUAAUAUUGUGUAAAGAUCAGGAUGGAAAGAUUGGCCUCCGCCUUAAGUCUAUUGACAAUGGUAUAUUCGUGCAGCUUGUACAGGUGAACUCUCCAGCAUCUUUGGUUGGUCUGAAAUUUGGAGAUCAAGUUCUGCAGAUCAACGGUGAGAACUGUGCUGGCUGGAGCUCUGACAAGUCUCAUAAAUUUCUCAAGCAAGCUGCUGGAGACAAAAUAUCUAUGGUGGUUAGAGACAGGCCAUUUGAGCGCACGAUCACAUUGCACAAAGACAGCAGCGGGCAUGUUGGAUUCGUUUUCAAAAAUGGCAAAAUUACUUCCAUUGUCAAGGACAGCUCUGCCGCCAGAAACGGACUUCUCACAGAACACAACCUCUGUGAAAUCAAUGGCCAGAAUGUCAUUGGAAUAAAGGAUUCCCAGGCUGCUGACAUACUUGCAGGCUCUGCGAACAUAGUCACUCUCACUGUAAUGCCAGCAUAUAUUUUUGAACACAUGGUGAAAAGAAUGGCUUCCAGUGUGAUUAAGAACUUGAUGGAUCAUUCGGUUCCUGAGGUUUAAGCAACACGUCUCUGCAGUGUCCUGACUUAAUACCUUGGCAGAGCUAGAACUUCUUAUUGUACAAUACACAUUCAGCAGUGUAUCCUCUUUGAGAGUGAGCGUUUUACUAAUGCAUGUUAACCUCAGCAUUGUAUAAAAACCUCAAGACAUCAUUGCAGUUAAUUCUGUACUUUAUACGCUAACGUACCUUUACUAGGUAGAAAGAUGUGCAUCUUUUUAGUUAAUCAAAAACCUGUUUACAGUCAUAUCUGGAUGAGUUGGAAAUAUAUUUUGAUUACUAAGAUCCACAAGUGAAAUAUUCUGCAUUAAUUCUAGCUGGCUGCCCUUAUUAAUGUAUAUCUGUAUAAUCUGAGCGAGAAAAAUGCACUAUUCUUUUAAGGAAGAAGUAAACGUGUCUGACGAUAUGCUGUAUUUUAUAUUCCAGGAGAAAGCUAUUUUCCUAUGUAUGGAUCAUGUUUGUCUCGCAUGCCAUUUUUUUUCUGCUAUACAUAUGCGAUAUGUUACAAAAUUAUUAAAGUCCUAAAACCAUUGCACAAUACAA